CGUGGGGUGGAUGACCAACCCAGCCUCGGGGCGCAGUCAAGACUCGGUGUUGCUGAUGCUACGUGUAAUAGGACUGGGCGGCUUGAAACGCUUCUCUUAGUUGAUAUAGGAAACACGUUGACUAAUCGCGGAAACAGAAACGCGAGCUUAGGGCAUCCCUUCGUUUUCUUUGCCGCCGAUUCCAAGACAGAGGACAGGCCCGGAGCCCGCCAAAGGCAGAACAGAGCCAGCGUUGCCAAGAGGGCGGCAAAAAAAGGCCCAGCUGCGGAGCGGGGAUCUUGAAUACCCUUUUGCCCGCCUUGCCGAAGCGCCAGACUCGGCGACUUUGUCACCAGAGCCUCUGACUCUCCAGCGCGUCGACACACAACGCAUGCACACACACGCGCGCGCGCCCGGGCUCCCCUCCUUUCUGCCCGCGCCAGCCUCCAGUCGCUCCGGGUUUCCCGCUUCGUCCCCUCCUCCACUGACGCAGUCCGUCUGCACCAGAUCCUAACAUGGCGGCGGAGGCGAGGUGGUGAGGAGCGCGGCCGAAGGGAGGUUGGAGGGCCUCACGAGAGGGGCUGAUAUAACAUUCUGAAGCCAUGGGAGUGAAAACCCAAAGACCUCGUUGUUUUUUUGACAUAGCCAUCAAUAACACCCCUGCUGGAAGAGUUGUCUUUGAAUUAUUUUCAGAUGUUUGCCCAAAAACAUGUGAGAACUUUCGCUGCCUUUGUACAGGUGAAAAAGGUAUUGGAAAAUCAACCCAGAAACCACUUCAUUACAAAAGUUGCUUAUUUCAUAGAGUUGUGAAAGAUUUCAUGAUCCAAGGUGGUGACUUCAGUGAAGGAAAUGGGAGAGGAGGAGAAUCAAUUUAUGGAGGCUUUUUUGAAGAUGAAAGCUUUGCUGUAAAGCACAACAAAGAAUUUCUCCUUUCAAUGGCCAACAGAGGGAAAGAUACAAAUGGUUCACAGUUUUUUAUAACAACUAAGCCUACCCCUCAUCUUGAUGGGUAUCAUGUUGUUUUUGGACAAGUAAUUUCGGGGCAAGACAUUGUAAGAGAAAUAGAAAAUCAGAAGACAGAUGCAUCUAGUAAACCAUAUGCAGAAGUGCGAAUAUUGAGUUGUGGAGAACUAAUUCCAAAAUCCAAAGUCAAGAAGGAAGAGAAGAAAAGACGCAAGUCGUCUUCUUCAUCUAGUGAUUCAGAAAGUUCAAGUGAUUCAAAAACGUCUUCUGAUUCGUCAACUGAAUCUGACAGUGCUGCUGAAGAAAAAACAAAGAAAAAGAAAAAGAAACACAAAAAAACCUCUAAGAAACAUAAGAAAGAAAAGAAAAAGAGGAAAAAAAGCAAAAAGAGUUCAGCUAGUGAACCUGAAACAGAAAAUCCCGAAUUGCAACAGCCACUUUCUACAGUCCGUCCAGAAGAGAUUCCUCCUGUUCCAGAAAACAGAUUUCUGAUGAGGAAAAGUCCUCCCAAAGUAGAUGAAAAAGAAAAAGAGACAAAGAACAGAGAAAAAGAAAGGGAAAGUAAUCUAUCAAAUUGUCAAACAUCAUAUCAGAGAAGGCUAUUGGUGACAAGAUCUGGAAGAAAAAUAAAAGGAAGGGGACCAAGGCGGUACCGGACACCUUCAAGGUCCAGGUCAAGGGAUCGCUUUAGACGCAGUGAGACUCCUCCACACUGGAGACAGGAAAUGCAAAGAGCUCAAAGAAUGAGAGUAUCAAGUGGAGAAAGAUGGAUAAAAGGAGACAAGAGUGAAAUGAAUGAAAACAAGAAGGAUGCUGCAAAUCAAAAAAGUCCAGGGAGAGGAAAAGAAAGAAAAAUAUCUGAUCAAAGGGAGGGUUCUGAAAGUCCAGAUAGAAGAGGAGAAAAAGAAACACAGCCCAAAGAUCCCAAAUCUGGCAGUAAAGACAGAGGGACAAAGAGAAAUUCCGAGAAAGAAGAUAAGGACAAACAUAACAAAAGUAAAGCCAAGAAAAAGGCUAGAUCUAAAAGCAAAGAGAUAUCAAAAAGUAAAGAAAGAGACUCAAAAUACAGUAAACAUGAAGAUAAAAAAAUGCGAUCAAGAAGCAGAGAAAAAGACAAAGAAAAAUAUAAUGACUUUCAUAGCAGAGAACGAAGCAAAAGCAAAGAGAAGAAUAAAAGGGGAAGAUCUAGAAGUAAUGGCCAGAAUCAUACCAAAAGUAAAGAUAGGGGAAAACAUGAACACUCAAAAAGUAGGGAACGUGAGCAGCCUAAAAACAAACAUAGUUCCAAUAAUAAGGCCAGAGAGCGAAGCAGAAGUGUGGACAGAGGCAAACGAGCCAGGUCCAGAAGUAAAGAACGAGACCGCAGCAGAAGUAAAGAUUAUUCCAAACAUAGAGAUAAAGAAGUAAAAAGAAAAGGAAGAUCAAGGAGUAGAGAGAGAAGAGGCACCCCAGAGAGGUCCAGAGAGAAAGAAUAUAAAAGGCGGAAGGAAUCCCAUAGCUCUGAGAGGGAAGAAAAUCGAAGUAAAGACAGGCAUCGGGAUCAAGAGUACAAAAGUUCUCGCAAAAAGGAAGAUACUGGAAAAAAGAUGCGUUCAAAAAGCCAUGACAGCAGUAGCUCCGAGACGAAUAAAAGCAAAAAAUCCUAUAGAAAUCAAGAUAGAAGUCCUGACUCAAAGAAAAGAAGAAGCAGCAAGGACAGAGAAUUGAAAAGAUCAUACUCACGGAGGAGUAAGGAAAGGGACAGAUCUCGUUCUUCAAGAGAAAAAGAAAUCAACCAAAAAUCAAAAUAUCAGGAGAGAGAUCGUGCCCAUGGCAAAGAUAAAAAAUCCGAUCAUGAAUCAAGUGCUGGAACUGAUGAAGAUAGGCAUGGAUGAGUUUAUGAACUUAUUGUUUCCACUCUGCUUCUAGGUUCUAGAGACAUGUUGGGGAACAUUUUUUUUUUAAUGUGGACUUCAGUUUGGUUUUUUGAUAAUCCACAAUCUGGAUCAUUUGUACUGCUAAAGUUUUAAUAAACUUGAAAUGGAAAAACAAGUUUUAUGUGUAAUACAUUGUGCUAUGUUUUAAUAUUUCAUAGUUUAUGUAUCCUAUUUCUAUGUUACCUGAUGGAAGCAUACUGUACGUUAAUUUAAUUUUAAUUUAGAAGCACACUGCAAAUUGGUUGGUUGGUCUGAAAUUACAAACAUCUUUGAAUCAAAUUCUUUUUAUAUCUUAAAGAAAUAACAUGUUAAUAUUAACAUUUCAGAACUAUAAUUAAUAAACAAAACCAGCAUAUAUAAAAAUAGAACAUUCAAUUGAAGAAGAAUAAAUGUUCUCCAGUUUGAAUAUGUUACUCGGAUUGUUACUUUGCUGUUAUUUUUCAUUGUUGUCCCUUUCAGGAAAAGGUUAAUCACUUUGAUCUUUGGAACAGUUAUUCUAAAUGAAAUACUUUCCAUAAAGCAACUAUUUCAGAAAUAACUGAUUUUAUAUGGUCCUGAUAAUAAUGAAUUUAUAGAAAAGUCAUGCUUAAAUGUGAGAGUGCAUUUGAUAUUCUGUUUGACUAUCUUUUCAUCACUACAUUUUCAGUUUGUUUGAAGGAGAAAACUCCUUUCAGAAAGAAAUAAAAUCUGGCUUCACUGAAUUUAUAA